AUGUCGUUAGAUCCAUUAUUUCGACGAAUGACAAUGAUUGUUGCCGUAUUUGCUUUUGUUGGUGUUUUUCUUGGUACUAUGGCAAUGGUAACUAAUUAUUGGACAUUUGGAACUCUUGCACCAUCAGAUAUGCCAAUGCCACCAACAAAUGGAACUGUUAUGGGAAAUGAAAAAUUUGAUAUGGCUUGGAAUGGUUUAUUUCGAGUUUGUACAUCACGUGUUGGUGUACCAUGUGUAACACAAUUGUGGAAAACAACAUUUAUCUUAUGUUUAUCAGGUUUAAUAUUUUUAUUAGUUGGUGGAAUAUGUUCUAUAUGCGAAAUAUUUAAAACAAGUGAUCGACGAUUUGCUAUUCCAAUAUGUUUUUUUGUUGCUUGUGUUUUAAUGACAGCAGGUCUUUUUGAUUAUGGAUCUAUGGCACGACUUAAUUAUCAUUCAUCACGUCUUAUGAUAUCUGCUAUUGUUUUUACUUAUGUUGCUUUACCAAUGUCAGCUUUUAUUGCAGGUCGUUAUUCAGCUUAUGAUCGUUAUAUAAAUAAUGGUCAUGUUCAUAAUGGACAAAAAUAUGUACCUGCUUCAACAAAUGGAAAUUAA